UUAUUUAGAACAACCAGUCAGCGGUACGGUGCAGUGGUGAUGGCGACUAUUACUCCAGUGGAUUAUGAUGAUGAAGACGCCACAGAGCUCAAGUUUGGCAAAGAUUUUGAGAGCGCUGAUGCGUUGUUAGUGUCAGAGGUGAAGAUGCUACUAGAGCAUCGGAAGGUUCAGUAUGAAACACAAGAGGAGGAUACAGAUCAGAGUCAAGUAUUCCUCAAGACACUAGAGUACACUCAAAGGUUCAGCAAAUACAACAGCAAGGAGACUAUAAAGGCAGUACGAGAAACUCUGCAGAAACAAAAGCUUCAUAAGUUUGAGAUAGCGGCUCUGGCUAACUUGUGUCCUGCCACUGCUGAGGAGGCACGCACUCUCCUGCCCAGUCUCGAGGGAAGGUUCGAUGAGCUGGAAUUAGGAGAAAUACUCAGUGACAUUAAAACUCAUAUCAGUUAUCAGUAUUAACAUUAAAAUUUAUUUUA